AUGUUCUCUGAAUAUGCGUCUCGUUUCCUAGCCCAGUCUCAAUCACGAAUCACCACACGACCCGAAGAGAACCGCCCGAAUGAGCGUGAUCGGAGGCCGAACUUCAACUUCUCCAGAUACAACAAUGCCUCUCGUUCCUACCUGAACCGAAAUGGACAUCCGUACCAGUCCGGCUCUUCACAGCUACCGCAUCUCCCCUUUGCAUCUCGAGCCUCCGCGCAACCCGCACCUCUUUUCUUCAGCGCCACGGAUGAGUUUCUCGAAGACGACGAACACGAGCGUGAGCGCGAGAUAGCAGACUACUAUGCUUUGCAGAGAUCACGCCGAAAUUUCGGCAAUAUACCUUUAGAAGAAUCUUCCGAGCUUGACGAUGCUGAUCACGAAUCUCAGACGUUCCAAAGCCGAGGUGGAAAAGACGGACCGUAUACGCAAAAGGGUAUCAAGAGCUCAUGGAGGGAUGAUAGGCUACUGCAUUCUCAAAGACGAACGCGGAACGCCUCGCCACCAACAUCAGACCUUAAUGAACGUGAUGAGGAUAACGAGAGUCACGAAAGUCCGUUCGGAAAGGGGAAAAUGGUGGAUGUUGGACUUGACAAUCCGAUUAGUUCCACAGCCUCGUUUACUUCUGAUGUCGCAGACGACGAAGAUGCCCCAAUCCAGAAAUUCCGCAGACAGCCCGAAGCUCAGAGUGAUUACAUAGACGGCCCUAGUGCUUCAUUAGUCCAAGAUGGUGAUAGGCAAGGUUUACUCUACAAUCGUCCACCAAGUUCGGGGGCUUCUUCAAUUCACAAUACCAUGGAACAACCGCCUGGCUCGGAACGUCCUGCUCACGAUGCAUUUUGGGGUCAUCUUUUCCUGAUAUGUCUCAUCGGAUUAUUCGCUACGGCAUUCCUCGUGUGGUUGCAUACAGCACCUCCAUCGGAUGGUAGAUGGAAGUUCGUGGACACAAUUUACACCACCAUCCACAAGUCCUACUUCCUUCUUGGUAUCUACACAAUCGUCUCCAUCCUCGUCUCCCUUCUAUGGCUCGCACUCUUACGGUCCUACGUCCGAUUCCUUGUUCACGGAAUGAUCAUUGCUGUCCCGGCCAUUCUGUACUCCUUCUCAUUAUAUACAUUCAUCUCCAGUUUCCGUGGUUCUUGGCACGGUAAGACUUUCCAGGAUCAUGUUAUGCGAUGGGGCUCAAUUAUCCCCUUUAUCUUGUCAACGCUCUGGGUAUAUUCCAUUGUACGAAAUCGGCACUCCACCGGGAAAGCGAUCAGCAUACUGGAGUUUGCAUGUCGGGUUUUGGCCUCAAACCCAGCUCUUCUCGCCCUUGGUCUGGGUAUUCUUGUCGUGACCGUUUCGUGGACUUGGUUGUGGAUGAUAAUGUUUACGCGAAUCUUCCUUGGUGGAUCUAUCCACUCAGACAACUCCUUUGUCAUAAGCUUUAGUAGCUGGUGGCUAGGUGCUUAUUUCAUCUUAGUCUAUCUAUGGUCUCUUGGUGUUAUCGCAGGUAUCCAGCGAGCCGUGACAGCAGCCACAGUAAGCCAAUGGUACUUCCACCGUUUGGCUCUUCCCGCGCCUACGUCCGCCCAGAUCGUAAAGGCUGCGAUGUCUCAUGCCUCAACUACGCUCUUCGGCUCGAUAUCGCUGUUUUCCUUGAUAGUCCUACUUCUCAAACUCCCUCUUCUGGUUUUGCAUAGGCGCGUUGCUUCAAUCAUUGCCCUAUUCGCUUAUUCUCUAAUUCCCUCGCCUAUCGCAGCUUUGGUCAACCCUCUGACUCUAACAUAUGCUUCAAUACACUCCCAACCACUGGCUCAAUCGGCCCGCGGUUUCACCCAAAUGGCAGUAUUCUCCAGCUUCAGCACAACUGGUGGCCUGUAUGCUCCGUCAACCAUACCCCGCAGCGGUUCAAAUGCCAAUUCCUUGAUAUCCUACCGACUCUCAAAAAUGAUCCUUCACGCCUGCCGAUUCGCAAUGUCUCUUGCCCUCGGCUUUGGCGGCUGGGUCACAGCAGCCCGCAACCUCGACGUGACUGGCAGCAAUAGCACUAUCCGCGGCAGUUUGUACGCAUACAUCAUCGGUCUGAUUGCAGGUACAAUCGGAUGGGGCGUCUUAGGGUCAAUGGAGAAUGUGCUAGCAUGCGUUGUGGACUCUGCAUUGGUCUGCUGGGCAAGUGAAGUCGGUAACUCGGGACGCGAGGCUACAUACUGUCGAGAGGCAGAGUGGCUGUUUAGAGACGAUGUUUAUGCUGCUGUUUCGGGUGACAACCGAUGGAAUAGGGGUUGA